AUGACAUGCGUUCCGCGUCCCUUCACGCCUACACACUUCUACAUGCUGGAGACUACCAGGCAGCUACAACCUGGAACAGCGCUGGAGGUCUUUCAACGCAGCGCAGACCUCGUUCGCGCUGCUCAUUUGGCUCUUCUCGAGCCGACUAGAAACUUGGGACCACGCGCAGAUGGCCUGGAUGAUGCCCUCCUUAUAUGGUUUCACAAUAGGACUGAGAAGGCCUGCGGAGCGAGCAUUCGGGAGGCCCUGGAUCGUGUCAAAGUAAGAAAGGAGUACUUUGUAAGGUUCUACGACGAGGCGACUGCUCACGCCGAACUCAAAGCCUUCCUCGCCCAAUUUCCAGAACCACGCGAUCACAAUUCUGGACUUGUUGCUUGGUUUACACAACCGCAUUAUGAAUGGCUGCAACGAGUGUCGGGUAUUGAGAUCCCGACCUUACUCAGGAUCUUUCAGCGCGACGACCGAAUGCAGCAAUACGCUGUGGCAGCUAUCAACAAUAUCAACACUGCGCCGCCAGAGGCAUACCUUCCAGAGGAGGCUGCUCCAGUAGGCUUACCAGGCCACCCCAGUCCCCAGCUCGUUGAUCAAUAUAUCAAUAUCCAAGACGAAAUGCAAGGACUCGAACAUUCUCAACAGGAUAUUGUCGACCGAGUCCAACAAGACUUAUUUCCCGACCCUGAGCCUCUGGACGUUGACCUUCAUCCUCGUCCGCAAAGAGGCCCCGGUUCUUCGCCACGAACAUCUCCCCGCCCAUCACGCGCACUCCACGAACACUACAGAGCUGCUGCGGAUCGCCGUGGAGAGGGUUCUCGACCCGAAUUUGAGAAUCUCAUGCGGCGAGAAUUCCCCCCUUCGCCGCCCAAGGGCCGUGGCGUAGGGCCAAGAACGAGUCCUCGCUCUGUGAGGCCCACGACUUCGCCAGAACAAGCAGAAGGAGGAGAAGGCAGCAAAAAAAGGAAGAGAUGGUCGUUGGCAAGGAUCUUUCCCAAGUUUAAGAGGAAGCCGAAGCCGAAGACGGGGACGAAGGUGACGACGCCGCCGAGUACGGGACGGAAGCGGGUUGUGAGGAGACGAAAUGGGACUUAUUGA